CACUCGUUUGUAGAAACAAAAGUCUACUGGAUACUUAAAAGUAAUAAGGAUAUAUUAAAAAAGUUAGACAUUAACAUCGUUCGACAUGUAAAUUCAACAUGGCGAGUUUUACUAUUGCAAUAGUUAUCCUUAAUUUUCAAAUUUGUUUUGGUGUUUUUAUGGUCAAGCAAGACAAUGUUAUAUUUUCGUAUAAUAUCACAAAUAUCUCUGCCUGCCGAACAGAUACAGAUUCGUUUCAGGGUAUGUUAGGAAUAAAGUUACAAGAUUGUGUUAAAGAAUGUGGCUUAAGAAAACAUUGUAAAGCUCUGAGCUACGGAAGAAAACUUAAGAUUUGUAAGCUAUUUUUUACCACAAAUGAAGCGUACUUGUUCAAUGGAGAUUGUAUCUACGUCACUGAUGAUGACAUAACAGUUGAUGAGUCGCCGUGUAACGUCUGUCCGAACGGACAAGUGUGUGAUACAUCAACUGGCGAGUGCAAGAUCAAAGAAUGCAUAAAACCAGCAAUAGAAAAUGGCGAAGUUCUUGGAAAUGUGCAUAGUACAGGCAGCAGAGUUCGUUACAUUUGUAAAAGUGACUACCGGUCAGAAAUUAAGCAUGCCGUGUGCAACAAUUAUGGAACUUAUAGUGCAGUUCCAAUUUGCAAAAGAGACAUAAGAAACUGCUUGGAAUUGAAAAACUGUAACUCCUCGUAUACUGACGGCGAAUACUGGCUACAUGUCAAUGUUUUUGGAGGACGCAAAGUCAAAAUAUACUGUCAUGGCAUGUCAACGGAGACACCUUUAGAAUAUAUUACAAUUGAUGAGAACAACAACUUUGGUUACAAUGCCAGUACAAACGAUGACAAUGCUGGAACAUUAACAAAAUAUAAAAGAAUAAGGGUAAUCAUUGAGUCGAUGCAGAUACAAAGAAACGAUACAACGUUCAAUUACCCAACCACUCCAAGUCUGGAAUAUGCGAUGGGCUGGAGUUGUAAGUGUGCGAAUUUCAACGAUCUUUGCCCUCCAUGGUUAGGAUACUUUCAGAUAUCAACAGUUGGGACUGGUUUAAAAUUUAGCGACAAGGCAUCUUGGGUGACUAAAGGUUUUCUGCCUGGAAUAGCAAACUUCUCGAGGAACGUAGAUAGCACCAUUAUUUCAGCAAAUUGUGGCGGUUAUUGUGGUUGGUGUAUUCCGAAAGAGCCAUUACACUUAUUUUAUAACGGAAAGGGUGUUGUAGAAGACAGUAAAGCUAUUCAUCCCGAUUGUCUGUAAAUCGAAUGAGAUAUUUGUGACCAGCAGUUUCAUCUCAGUUCUCAAAGUUACGAAAGAUUAACCUGAACUGCCAUUUUGUGAUACAACUCAGAUUUUGUUUUCACUUUCACGAUUCAUUUUGUAUGCCCUAUAUACCAUGUAGUUCUUGUUAUUCAAAACGCUUUAACUUUCGUGUAAAUGUCUUAAAGGUCAGAGGCCACCAUAUUCAAAUGUCACUUUUAAUAAUAGUUGUACAGCAAUCAACUGCAGGAUUAAAAAUAUACAAAGCUUACAACUGUUGUACCAUCAACCUACGGAUACACUUGCAACGAGUUAACAGGUGUGUUAAUAACUUGAGUCAAGAGUUACAAAAUAAACCGUUGCAACGGUUUACAAUAACAGCAUGAUAAACAUUGUAAAAACCUUAUAUGAAAUUUUUUUCAUCGGACAAGACAUAUUUUAAUCAUUUAAUUGCAUAUAAGUUUACAAGCCUGUGGUGAAAUUCUAUCUUUUGAUGACAUUUUUUUUCCAAAAUUGCCCAAACUACAAUGUGUGAAAUGUAGCUUAAAUAAUUGUA